AUUCGUAGUGAACUGUCAAAGUGUCAAGAACCAACUGAGCGGUGACUAUUUUAUUUACGUGAAUGAGAUUUUUCGUUAUUUAAUUUCCUUUUACAGUUUCAUUUAUACUGUUGAUUUGUGAAUUGUAUAAUUUUGUGGUGUAAUUAUAGUGUAAGGUAAUCGUAAGAGAAAUAUAACAAUGUCUCAUCAAACAGGAAUUCAAGCCAAUGCAGAGUUAAAGAAAUAUUUUGGAAAAUGCAGAGACGGAAAGAUUCGAGUUAUGAAAAUAAGCAUAGAAAAUGAACAGCUGGUUUUGUCCAAGUACCAACCAGUGAAGCACUCAUGGGAACAAGACUUUGACAAAUAUGUACCUUCGUUAAUUGUUGAAGAUCUGCCGUGUUACAUUUUGUAUAGGUUUGACUCGACCAACUCGGUAGGACAUGAGUGGCUACUGCUGAGCUGGUCUCCGGACAGCGCCCCGGUCAGACACAAGAUGUUGUAUGCCUCCACGAAAGCAACACUUAAACAGGAAUUCGGAUCAGCACAUAUUAAGGAUGAAAUGCAUGCUACUGUAAAGGAUGAAGUAAGUCUGAAAGGUUACAAGGCUCACUUGACUGGGGUCAGCGCUCCUGCGCCACUCACUGACAGAGAGGAGGCGUUGAAGGAACUGCAGGAGAACGAACACACGCCACAAUAUGGAACUGAUGCUAGGCAGUCGACCAUGGGUGGAGUGUCGUUCCCUAUAACCGAAGAUGCCAAACAAGGAAUAAAUGAUCUCAAACGAGGUUCCUAUAACUACUUGCAAUUUAAGAUAGAUUUAGAAGGAGAAAAGAUUCAUUUAUCGAAAGCGGCCAACAUAUCCCUGACGGAGCUCCCGCAGCAGGUCCCCGGCGACCAGGCCAGAUACCACUUGUACAUAUUCAAGCAUACACAUGAGAGUGAUUACUUUGAGAGUGUCGUAUUCAUCUACUCAAUGCCGGGUUACAACUGCAGUAUAAAGGAACGGAUGAUGUACUCCAGCUGCAAAGGACAGUUCUUGGAAAUCAUUGAGCAGUUGGGCAUUGAGAUUGCCAAAAGGCUAGAAAUAGACGACGGCAAAGAGCUUACAGAAGAGUUCCUUUACGACGAGAUUCAUCCAAAGAGGAACCUUCACCGUCCAACGUUUGCCAAGCCCAAGGGACCUCCGAACAGGGGGGCCAAGCGAAUCACCAAGUCGCAGAGUACUCAGUAGGUGUAGCGUAGCGCAGAUGGUAGAUAUGUGGCCAAGAAAUUAAACGGGUGUUGGAUUAAAUGAGGGAUCCAAUUUAAGGUAUAAUUAUUCUUCUUCUGUACCGAAAAGGUCAUUUUGUAAGGCUAAAAACCUUAACCAACAAUUUGUAAAAAAAAACAAAUUUAUUAUAGAAGUACAGACAAAUAAUAUUUUUUGCACAUGUCAUAGUUAUGGUAUAGGAAUCAAAAUAGCAGACAGAUCACCUAAUGGUAAAAUGCUGCCCAUGGACAUCCGCAACACACACUAAGUAGUCAGAAGUGUGUUGCCGAUCUUUAAAUCCCAAAAAUAUUCACUUUAUUUGAGCGUAUUCCUCGUCAUACGUUUCUCAUUUAAUCUAACACCCUUUAUAGUAUUAAAUAAGUAAAUAUUUUUCUAAUCUUCGGGAAUCCUGUGGCUCAUUGCACAAAAUGUGAGAUUUAGUAUGAAAUGGUACAUAAUUUUUUCUUUUCUAUGUUUUGCUAUCGUCAAAUAUAAUUGAAAUGCUUAAAUCAUAUUCAUGUUGUAUGGUAUGAUCAAUAUUUUCUAUGCCUAGCAAUAAGCCACGUGAUUUAAAUAUCUGUAUUUUACCACUACCCUUAGUAUGAGUUUGCGUUACGUUUAAAGUAAUCGAAACGAGAACGCGAACGGCGCUCUGAUUGGCCGGCUCGAAUAAACUAACCAAUCGGAACACCGAAUGCGCUUUACGCUUUAAACUAAUGCAAACUCGUACUAAGGGUACAGAAGUAGUAUUGUAGGCAAGCUCCUUUAAAAAAACUAAGUCUAACUUGCUUAUUAUUUAAAGACUGUCAAGUCCAAAGUGCAAUAAUAUUAAAAUUACCUACUCUAAAAUGUUCAAAACAUCGAUUACUUUCUAAAGUUUUUAAAACCAACUUCUAAACUGUAAUUCGUUUUAAUAAAGCAUGUAUGAAUUUUAUUGUAUACUUGAUUGGAAAACUUGUAAAACAAUGUAUGUUGUAUUUGAAUAUACUGAAUUAAAAGUAUUAUUAUUAUAAAGUGUAACAUUAAAAAUAUAAACGAAUUAUAUAGUUGACAAUGAAAUUUUACGGAUUGCGUAACGCGUUCUUUUAUUUUUUAGAUUUAAAAUUAAAUAAAUUAUGUGUAAAUUCGAUCGCUGUAUUUUUAGAGCACAUAUUUUGUAUAUCUGUGCAUCUGUCAUUUAAAUUCUAUACGAAAUCCAAAAAUAAUUGUAUGUAUUAUGCAAAAAUAUUCAAUAUUCAAAUCCUAUACUUUUAUCUGUACCAAUACCAUUUUGGCUUGAAAAUUAUUAAUUGAUUGAUUUAACUAAAAAUCACUCUCGUUAAAUAAUAGAGAAAAGCUCUAUUAAUAUAAAGUAUAAAGUUAUACCUACUAUAAAGUUACGAUAUAUUUUAUCUUUAUGUAUUACUGUAAUGUAUAUUUUUGCAAAAAUAUUAUUCGAAUGUAUAUUUCAUAAAUAUUGCGGACUUAUUUUUAAAAUCGAGUUUUUAUGAACGCAUAUGUAGCUCAAUGUAUUUAUUAAUUAGAUCUUGCCAUUUUUAAAGUUUUGUAACUCUAAUAUAUAAAUCUAAGCGUUCUUUAUAAUCUCGUUUCAAUAAUUAUAAGUCUUAGCAUUUUUUUACCUUUCGUAUAUUAACAUUUAAGUGAAAUAAUUUGCUUUUUCUAAACUUAAAUUUGAUGCACAAAUGAAAUUUGUAAAUACAUAUUUCCUUAUAUUUUUGUAAAUCGGUUUGACCACAUAUGAAUUGAGCAAUUUGUGUAACAAUAAAAAGUGCUUUUAAUAUUAUUUUCAUUUUAUUCAGGUAGCAGCCGAACUUAAAAUAAAAUUGGGUAUUCCAUUCAUA